UUGCAUUCGAAAGAAAGGCUAGUCAAAGCAACGAAAGAAGCGGCAAAAUAAAAGAUCGCGAUAUCAAGAGAAGGCCGAGAUGUCUGGCGACGGGAAGCAAUUAGAAAAGAUGAGAAGGGCGAAAUGCAGCAGAAUCGAAGCUAAUAAAUACCAAUUUACAAGGAAUCUUUACAAAAGGUCAAAAUCGUGUGAUAACGAAAUAGGGGAAUUGAAGCACAUAAGAGAAAAAAGAUAUAAAGAUGAACUAGAAAGGGUUUUAGAUACGUUAUUUGAAUGUGAAUCAUCAUGCGUAAAAAAAUUAUCUGUACAGAAAGAGAAGACAAAGAAAAUCGAAGAUCAUGUGACGAGGCUUCAAGCCUAUCUGAAAAUAUUGGAAGAAGAGGCUGAAAAAAAAGAAAAAAAAUUAAGGGAGAUUAGAAUGAAAAUGGAAAAGAGGGACGAAAAUGAAGAAGAGAAAAUCCUGACCAAACGUAUACAUCUAGAACAUUCAUCAUUAGAAUACAAAGAAUUAAAAGAACGUUUGCAAGAAAAAUCAGAAGAGCUGGAAAGAGUUAAGAAUCAAAUGUCGAAUUUUGAAAAUAUGUUGAUCCAGAUGCAGAUGGAAUACGAAACUCAGUUACAAUUAAAAAAUGAGAUUUACGAAAAACAAUUGAAUGAACUAGAGGAUCAGAAAAAAAUCAAAGAAGAAAAUCAACGGUUGAAAGAAGAACUAAAAUCGACUAGAGAGAUGUUAGGGUGUUCUCGAGAAGUCACUGAAAAAUAUCAACUAGAGUUGGAAAAUUUUAAAAUGGAACAUGAAGAGGUGAAAAGACAACAAGAGCCAAUAAAAAUUGAAUUGGAAGAUCAAAAAAAUAGACUAAGUAAAGCACUUGAACAAAGCCGGUUAUCAAUAGAUAAAAGAAUCGUUACUAGACUGAUUAUCACAUUGUUCAAUAAAGAUAUAGCAUUAUCUACAAAGCAAGAUGCGCUAAAAUUGGCAGCAAAUUUAUUAGAAUUAAAUGAAAAGGAACAAGAAUUAAUAGGUAUUGGAAAUACAUCAUGCACUAUUUCUACUGAGAGUAAUCAAAAAUCCGAGAAAAAACAGUCUGUUGAAAAAGAUGUAUCUCUAUCUCAGGCUUGGCUAUAUAUUUUGUUAGAUGAAAAAAAUGAAUUAUGUAAUUAAAUUAGAAAAUGUUAGAACAAUUUUAAAUCAAGGAUCUAUAGGUAAUAUGUAUAUAUAGUACAACACGGCAUAAGUA